AUGUCCACCACAGGGCCCCCACAGGACGACGACGGUGACUCUCACAUGUCCUCCCCCGAAGCUUCCGACUACUUCCCCGAAGACGACAUCACAGCGCCCGCGCCCUCCACACCAACAGCCUCUAGCGUCCUCGCCAACCCUCCUCCCUCUGAGCUGUCCCCACCAAGCUCCACCGGUCCGUCAGGCGGCCGCGUCAGCGCCUUCAACCCUCCGCCCCCCACCAGCGCAGAUGCUACCUCGAUGGCCAUAGCGAACGGCGGCGUGAGUCUACAAACUUCGAUACAGGACAGUCCUGAAACACCUAUUGGAGGAGGGGGAGGAGGAGGUAGUGGGGGUGGUGGAGGAUCGACCGUGGGCAUGCGCGGCGGACGGGCGACGACGAAUAGCGCGCUUGACGGUCCUGCGACAGGCCAGCCUCUUGGCGUGCAUCCGGGUGGUUAUACGUGGUAUAGACCGGAGGAUGAGCCGGGCUUUGCAUGGAAGAACAAGAAGGCGCAGGAGGAGUGGGGGAGGGCGUGGGAUCAGGUGUUGGAUAAGGAUAUCAUGGUGCUGAAUAAGUAUGGAGAUCCGUGCGAUGAAAGGGUCUUGCAGACCCAGAAGUGA